GGGAUCUCAAGCAAAUGAUAGAUGGCUGCCUAAAGGAGCAUCGCAUAUAAAGACGAUAUGCAAGAAGGCAGAAUUAAAAAAAUUCCUCGACUCAGCACGCAAAGUUGAGAUCAAUUCACCAAUCUGAAGAUCAGUGCCUCGGAUCCGCAGAUCCCCGAACUAGCUCCAUUGACACCAUCCACGAAACAACCAUUUCAGAAGCCUGCUACAACCACCAGCACAAUUCAAACUCGCGCCAAAUAGUAAUACCUGAACCAUGUCCUCCUCUCCGAAACUAAUCGUCCACCACCUGCAGGUCGGCCAAGGCGAGCGGAUCCCCUGGCUCCUAGAAGAACUCAACAUCCCCUACUCGCUAAAGCUCUACAAGCGAUCCCCCCUCCUCUCCCCGCCAGAACUAAAAGCCGUCUACCCCCUCGGCGCCUCCCCAGUGCUCGAGGAUGUAACCGAGGCCUCCAAAACGGUGAAACUCGCCGAAUCAGGCGCCAUCUGCGAGUACAUCAUCCACAAGUACGGUGGGGGCCAACUAAGCGUCCGUCCGCACGAGGAAAACUAUGCGGAGUAUUUGUACUGGUUCCACUUUGCCAAUGCGACGCUGCAGCCUGGUUUGUUUCGCCGCGGCAUGGCGAGGGGCAUGGUCGGGGAGGCGGAUCCAAGGUUCAAGGGGAACGAUGCGCGGGUGGGUGUUGCGUUGAGGCAUGUCGAUCACCGGCUGAGGAGUAACACGUGGCUUGCGGGUGAGGAGUUUACUGCUGCGGAUGUUAUGACGGGUUGGUGCUUUACUACUAUGCGCAAGUUUGAGCCGAUUGAUUUAACGGGGUUCGAGGGCAUUCAGGCGUGGUUGAAGCGGAUUGGGGAGAGGGAGGCGUAUAGGAGGGCGAUGGGUAAGGCGGAUCCGGAGCUGGAUGUUGAGGAGGGACUGAGUGUCAAGGGGCCGCCGCUUGUGGAGAUUUUUCAGAAGGCUAUGGCGUUGAAGCCGGGCCCGCAGAAGUUGUAAAUAAGCUCGUUGAGUGUAUUCAAGGUAAGAUAUACGCUACGCUCGC